AUGUAAACGGAAUAAUUUUUUUUCGAUUCUACCAAUAACAAUGAAAGGAGUUAAUGGGUGAAAUUAAAUUAAAUAAAGCGUCCAAUUUCAACUAUUCGAUUAUUUGAAGGAACUUUAUUUAUAAAGAGUAAGAAACAUGAUUUAUAUAAACCGAAGUUUUUUAAGUUAUUCACAGAUAGAUUAAACAUUUAUAAUGUAAUAUAUACAAUAACAAAUAUAUAGAAUAGCAGAGAAUAAAAAGAAAUAGCUGCUUUAUUUUUGACAAAUGUUUACUUAGAUCUCAUCUCUUAAAACAUAAUGGAAAAAGAUAAGCAUCCAAUAGUACUUAUAUCAGGGUCUAAAAAAUAUAUAUUUAAUGCUAAAUCAUAAGAGUAAAAAUAAAAAUGGAUAGAAAAGUUCAAGAUGACUUGCAUUUUAAAUAAUUAUAGAGAUAUAUUUUUGAAUCUCAAAGUAAUAGGAAAAGGAACAUAUGCAAAGGUAAUAAAGAAAAUAAAUAAGGUUCUCUUAGCCUAAAGAAAAUAAAAUUAAAGUAAAUAUGCCGUUAAGACUUUCUAAAAAUCAGCAUUAAUUGAUAAAAAUAAUAAAUAAAGAGUAAGAGUAUAAUUGAUAUAAACAAGUAAGGAUUACUUAAUGAAAUUGAUUUACUACGUUCUUGUGAUCAUCCUAAUAUAAUAAAGUUAUAUGAAAUUUAUGAGAGUGGAGAUUAUAUAUAUUUGGUGAUGGAAUUGUUAGAAGGAGGAGAAUUAUUUGAUCUCAUUCUAGAAACAUAAUGUUUUCAAGAAUCCAAAGUUGCUUUAAUAAUGUUCAAAAUAUUUGAUGCUUUAGAAUAUUUACAUACAAAAGUAUAAAUAUUAAAUAAUUAGCAAAGAAUAUAAUGCAUAGAGACAUAAAGCCUGAGAAUAUUCUAUUAAAAGAUAAAUCAGAGAAUUUCGAAUUAAAAAUAGCAGAUUUUGGUUUAGCAUCAUAUACUGAAGCUGAUCUACUUAUAACUAGAUGUGGAACUCCUGGUUAUGUUGCUCCAGAAAUUUUAGAAGAUAAAAAAUAUAAUGAGAAGGUUGAUGUUUUUAGUGCAGGAAUCAUCCUUUAUAUUUUGUAAAUUUUAAGUUGUAUUAUAUUAGACUCUCUGGAUAAGCUCCAUUUUAUGGAAAUAGUCUUGAUGAAAUUAUAGAAAAAAACAGAGAUUGUUAAAUUAAUUUUAAAGAUCUUAAAGUAUCUGAAGAUGCUCUAGAUUUAUUAAAGAGAUCUUUAGAACCUAAUCCAGAAUAUAGGAUUUCUUCUUUAGAGGCUCUUUCUCAUCCAUUUAUAUCUCGCUUGUACAGAAGAGAAUCUAAUCAUGUUGAUGAAAUUAAUUUCGACUAAAAUUUAAAUGAAAAAUAUAGUAUCUUAGAUAGUAUGAAAAAGUUUGGAUAGAAUGAUUUACGAUCUAAGAUAUCAAAAUGUAAAUAAAAUGAGUUAAUUUAAUAAACACCAUUUUUAGGAGUUCGAGAAUAUGAUCCUAUUAAAGCAUCAUCUGAUAGUUGGCUUAUGGAAAAAUCAACCAAUCUUGAUUCAAAAUAGAUAUUUUGUUCCCCUAAUCUUUAAUAAUCAUCUUCAGAUUCUGAUUGUUCAAUUCUAAGUACUCCUGAAUAGAAAAAGGAAACAUAAAGAUAAUUUUAAUUUAGUGCACUUUAAUAAAUAGCUUUUCGAAAUUCUCCUACUUAAUCUAUUUAUUCACCUUAAAGCUAAACCAAACCUUAAAUUUAAAUGAAUUUUAAGAAAGCCAAUUAAAUAAGAGAUUAACUCAAGAAAUUAGGCUCAUGACAG